GGCAGGGGUUGGUAUUUAGCCUUGGACCUCUUUGUUCGGUAAAUGACCACUCCACAGACCAGGAGGCAGCCAACAAUGAAGACCAGGUUCAUGCCCAGAUUCAGGCUUGGGCCAGACACUGAAACAGAAGAAACAAAGAAACUUAAGGUGCUGUCAGACCAGAGCUGCGUCACCUUCAGUAGAGCACGAGCUGUUUCCCACACCUGAAUGUUUCAUGUGACAUGCAGGAAUGUCACAAAGUUCCUGCACUCUGUCAUAUACCUACAUCAGCUACAACAACAACAACAACAACAGCUCAGCCCACAACACUGACCCUGAGGCCCACCAUCCAUCAGCUGCUCCAUUAACUUCUCCAGCAGGCAGAGAGGUGUAUAUAAAGAUGCUGCAGGUGGAUGUGAGCAGAAGAGAACCUGGAGACAGAGGUGAGUUCUGGACAUCAUGGCUUCGACACUGGUGAUCCUGCUUCAGCUGCUCCUGGUUUCACUGGUGUCUGCAUCACAUAACUAUGGGGGAAGUGUGACCCAUAGCUACAAAGGAAGAACCCCUGAUGGAUCAUUUAGGGUGGACAUUCGGGAAAGGUCAACCUUUGAUGGGUGUCAGUACUCUCACCGCUGGUACUGUUACACAGGCAACUGUGGCUAUACCACCAGUACUCAGAGGGGUGUACUUGACAGGAGCACCAGUGCACCACAAUACAACAGGGAAUGGUGUGAAACUGAAACAGUCACUACAGCUAUUGUCCAGAGUGACAAACCUUUUCAAAGGAGGGCAUACAGCUGUUGUUGGAUCCCAACACGCAACGGGGUUAGUGAUUGGAAUCUACUGACUUUUGUGGAUUUGGGAACGAGAUCUGACACCAGACAACCAAACAGAUCACCAGACAUUGCCAUUCUACCUUUCCUCCGAGUUCCUCAGAACUGCCCACGGACAUACAGGCUGAUGUCCUUUGAUCCUGAUGGUGACCAGGUUCGAUGCCGGUAUGGAAAUAUGAGAGGCACAGAGUGCAGCACAUGCAACCAGCCCUCAGGCUUCCAAUUAGAUCAGGGCUCUUGCACAUUACACUACCACUACGCCAGUGCCAACUACGGUGUUUUUGGAUUUGAGAUGGUGGUGGAGGACUUCCCACAAGGCCAUAUCACUCUGGCCUACACAGAUGGAUCCAGAUCCCACAGGGCUCCACUGACUGGAAGGAGGAGAAAGAGACAAAUCUCCACCACAGCCCCUUGGUGGUGGUGGUCUACAACCACAGCUGCACCCACUACAACUGCACCUGCAACGACAUCCCCUUGGUGGUGGUGGUCUACAACCACAGCUGCACCCACAACUACAACUGCACCUGCAACCACAACCUCUUGGUGGUGGUGGUGGUCUACAACCACAGCUGCACCCACUACAACUGCACCUGCAACGACAUCCCCUUGGUGGUGGUGGUCUACAACCACAGCUGCACCCACAACUACAACUGCACCUGCAACCACAACCUCUUGGUGGUGGUGGUGGUCUACAACCACAGCUGCACCCACUACAACUGCACCUGCAACGACAUCCCCUUGGUGGUGGUGGUCUACAACCACAGCUGCACCCACUACAACUGCACCUGCAACGACAUUCCCUUGGUGGUGGUGGUCUACAACCACAGCUGCACCCACAACUACAACUGCACCUACAACCACAUCCACCCCACAAUACACUACCACCACAAGACAGCUGUCUGCCACCACUGCUCCUCUCAGUAAACUACCUUUACAGUUCUCUUUACUCGUGGACCCACCUGCUCCCUCAUGCCAGGAAGGACUGUACUUGCCGAAAUUCGUGAGCCCAACACCUCCCAAUGGAGCACGCAUCGCAGCAGAGGCCAACAAAGAAGUGGAGAUCAGAGUCAAAGCACAAGCUGCAUAUGCAGUAAUAUAUGACAUGAUCAUCAGUGGGCCACUGAAUGUCAGCAAGCAUAGGAACACGCAUAAUGAGUUUGUCAUCAGGUGGACACCUGUCUCAGAUGACGUGGGAGAUCAUUUCCCAAUCUGCUUUGCUGUUGAAGCAGCGACAGGGUCUGCUGUAACCAGUCGUCAAACCACACAGCAUUACCACUACCAUGCCACCCCGAGUUCACAAUCUGGCAUCUAUCAGUCUGAGAUGAGGUGUGUUUUGGUGGAUGUCAAGAUGGAGCAAGUAAAAGCCCAUGUGAUCUGCAGUGAGUCCACAAUGAGGGUAGAGGUUGAGAAAUCUUCAUUCUCUGGACUCCAUGAGGAUCAUCUGCGGCUCAGUGAUCCCAGCAACACUGCCUGCAGCCUCCAGAGACACUCUAACAGCACUCACAUCAUCGCUGUCGUCCCCCUCAACGCUUGUGGUACUCAGAUCGAGGAAGACGAUGAAAACCUAAUUUUCAAGAAUGAAAUCACCACGUUUGACAACAACAGAGAUCUGAUCACCAGGAAGCACCUGCUGGAAGUGCAGUUCUACUGCAAGUACCCCAAACGGGGAAAUGUGUCACUGAGCUUCACAGCACACAGGAAGAAUGUCACAGUGUGGGAAAGAGGCUUCGGCACAUUCACCUAUGGGUUUGAGUUCUACCCUGAUGGCCAGUACCAAACGGUGAUUGAUCCAAAUUCCUACCCUCUGGAGUAUGACUUAGGGAGCAGGAUCUACAUGCAGAUAGAGGCCACCUCUUCAGUCAACAACACUGAGCUGUUUGUGGAGUCCUGCAGAGCUGCACCAUAUGACAACCCCAACUACCGCCCAACGUACUCCAUCAUUGAAAAUGGAUGUAAAGUGGACCCAACUGUUGAAAUCCAUUCUCCCUCCCACGAGAAUCAAUUCAAGUUCAGCAUAGAGGCCUUCAAGUUCAUCGGACUGCACGAUCAGGUGUACAUCAGCUGUUCAGUCCUGAUGUGUGAGGCAGGAAACUCCCAGACCAGGUGCUCGAAGGGAUGCAUCAACUCCACGAGGACAAACGGUCACCUCAGCCAUCACCGCCGAAAGAGAGAGGCUGUCAUCCAGAGUGCAAAUCACUUUGUUUCCCAGGGUCCCCUGCGCUUGAGGAGAUCGGCAGAGGGCACCGGAGUCACAGUGACCAACCUGAACCUGAACCUGGUGUUCAUUGCUGGAUGUCUUCUUGCAGCUGUUGGCAUGAUCUGUGGAGUGGCCAUGUACAGAGCCAAAAUAUCAAAGGUCAAAUACCAACCUUUGCCUGCAUUUGAAAGUUAAGACAGCAGUGUGAGCAGAAAUCCAGUUUUUCAUAAUAAAUAAUAAUUCUGAAUACACAUAACCCUUUCAUUUGAUUAUUUUUGGAUGUUCAUGAAUCUCUUAUUUAGGUGAUGAUUUAUCUCUUUGUGUGCACAUUUAAAUGAAUCAAUUCUUCAUUAACAUCCUUUGAAAUGUCUGCAGCUGUAUCUGUGUAAGCUGAAAGAGUAAAUGCUGGAGUUAGGGGAAAUCUGUCUGUGCAACUAAAAACAUAGAAAAAAGAUUUGACAUUAAACACUGAGAGGAUGAUCAACUAGUAAUGCAGCUUCUGGGUGAUUGUUCAGUUGCUGUGUCCCAUAUAGCUUUAUAUUGACUUCUAUUAUCAUGCAUUACAGUGUGAUUUAAAACAAGUAUCCUGAUUGAUAUGUGUAGUCCUAAUCAGUCAUCAUCACAUGAAAAUGGUUUCAGAUAUAUGGAAUUAAUGGAUCAAUAAAACAUUAUAGUUGUAUAUA